ACACCCCACCAUAGGCGGACGCCGUCACACCUAUGUCAAACUUAGCCCAGCCCCUCUUGUACCCUGUGCCCCACUGCCAGUUUCCCAUGUGGGGUCUGUCAUAAGGUGGAUCCAGGAGUUUAGUCCCGCUCUCUUCUGGGUGACGCGGAUUGGAAAGGGUUCUGCAAGCAAAGAAAAGACAUUUUUUGACCCCACUCAGUUAAUUGUACGAUAAUUAAAAGAAAUCUGAAUCGUCUCAGAGAGAAGCCAUGAAGUGGACAUGGGUGCUUGUGGCAGUCUUGCUGUCAUUUGGCGGGCAAUCACUGGCCACGGAGAGCUUGGACUUCCCCGAAUAUGACGGCAAGGACCGAGUACACAACCUGGACGCCAAGAACUAUAAGUCCGUGAUGAGGAAGUACGAUGUUAUGGUGGUGUACUACCAUGACCACCCCGGAUCCAGCCGCGUCGCCCAGAGACAGUUUGAGACUGAGGAGUUGGCCCUCGAGCGUGCAGCCCAAGUCCUGGAUGAGUUUGAAGACGAGGAUAUUGGAGUUGGACUCAUCGAUGCAAAGCUCGACAAGGUCGUUGCAAAGAAAUUAGGCCUUGAAGAGUCCGACAGCAUCUUCAUCUUCACCGAUGAUGAAGUCAUAGAGUACGAUGGGGAACUUGAGGCAGACACUCUUGUGGAGUUCAUCUAUGAUGUUCUUGAGGAUCCUGUGGAAAUUAUUGACAACAGCAGAGAACUGAAAGGCUUUGAAAGCAUCGAAGAGGACAUCAAACUGGUGGGCUACUUUAAGAGUCACAAGUCAGAACAUUUCGAAGCGUUCGCAGAUGCCGCUGAAGAGUUCCAUCCUCACAUCAAGUUCUUUGCGACAUUUAAUCCUAAGGUUGCUAAGGCCCUGGAGUUGAAGCUCGAUGAAGUAGACUUCUAUGAAUCCUUCCUUGAGAAUCCUGUGGUCAUCCCAGGAAAACCUUACUCUGAGAAAGAACUGGUGAAAUUCAUUGAAAAUAAUGACAGACCAACACUGAGGAAACUGAAACCCAGCAACCUAUAUGAGAUCUGGGAUGAUGAUGUUGGUGGAGAGCAUAUUGUCGCUUUUGCAGAAGAGUCCGAUAUCGAUGGCUUUGAGUUCUUGCACAAAUUGAAACAAGUUGCAGAGGAUAACACCGACAACCCCAACCUCAGCAUUCUCUGGAUUGACCCUGACGACUUCCCUCUGCUUUUGCCACACUGGGAAAAGACCUUCGGAAUCGACCUGUCCCACCCACAGAUUGGUGUCAUUGAAGCUGAUGAUGCUGACAGCGUGUGGAUGGACAUUGAUAAUGGGGAGGAUUUACCCUCUGUGGAUGAGCUGGAAGAGUGGCUUGAAGAUGUAUUGUCGGGAGAUAUUGAUCCUGAGGAAGACGACGAUGACGACGACGAUGACGACGACGAUGAUGAAGACGAUGAUGACGACGAUGACGAUGAUGACGAUGACGACGACGAUGAUGACGACGACGAUGAUGACGACGAUGAUGAUGACGACGAUGAUGACGAUGACGACAAUGAUGACGACGAUGAUGACGAUGAUGACGACGACGACGAUGAUGACGACGAUGACGACGACGAUGAUUACGAUGACGACGAUGAUGACGACGACGACGAUGAUGACGACGAUGAUGAUGACGACGAUGAUGACGAUGACGACGAUGAUGACGAUGACGACGAUGACGACGACGAUGAUGAUGACGACGAUGAUGACGACGAUUAGAUUGCUGAGUCGUAAUUUAAACUCUAAGUCUGACCAAUGCCAUUUAAAGAGUCAACAUUACCAUCGCAUCGAUGACUUUGCUGAAUCAACAGCUUUUGUGACAAUUUCUGAUCACGAAGUCGUCCGUUCAUGUAAAUCCUUCAUCUUUUCAUCAUCCUCUCUCAGCAGCUCACCAGAAUCACUAUAUUCCAUUAGUUUUUUUGUCGUUCUCCCUGACAAAGUUACUGAUCUAUGAUGUAAAAAAAUCUUCUAUUUAUUUCCACAUGUCUUGUACAAUAAAAGAAGAUAUUCUUUAAAAAUUCUGUCACCUACUGCUUUUGAUUUUGAACAUAUUAAAGUUUUUAUAUUCAUAGAAUUGAAAGGGUUUUGUUGUUUUUAUGCAAAACAUAUAAGCCCAAAUGUCUUGUCUUUUGCUGUUUGCAUGUUUUAUGUGCAUUCAGAUAUUUUCUUGUUUUCCCCGGUACUGAACUGAAUAAUAUCCGAUUCAAGGGUGCUAACAGUCUGUCACGUUGGGUCUCAAACUCCACCAGUCUACUGUGUUCAGUCACUGUGAUGCUGUACAAUGAAAGUACUGUACAUCAUAUGGAUGUUUUCUAUGAUGAUGAAUUAUGACAACAACCAGAUUCUAUUUUUGUAACGAGAGAAUUUUAAUUUACUGUGAAGUCUUAAAUAAACAACAACUUGGAAAGAAAUUCA